CACUAAAGUCUCUCCUCUCCCUUUAUGCGCUUCCGCACUCUAUCGUUCUCCACCAGAUCCCUAACCCCAUCCAAAACCCUCCUCCCCCUCGUCCUCCGCCGCCGCCUCGUCUCCGCCCUCUCCGCCGCGCCGAGCCCCUCGCCCAUGGCCGCCACCGAGGAAUCCCUCCGGCGGGCCCUCGCCGAGAAGCAGACCGCCGUCGACGCCCAGUCCGAGGCCGUCCGGGCCCUCAAGGCCCGCCCCAGCGUCUCCAAGGACGAGAUCGAUGCCGCCGUCGAAGUCCUCAAGGCCCUCAAGGUCGAGCAGGGCGCUGCCGCGAAGCGACUCCAGUCCGCCGUCAGCAGCAACAGCGACGGCAGCAGCAAGGAGGCGUUCCGGCAGGCCGUUGCGAACACGCUCGAGAGGAGGCUCUUCUACAUCCCCUCCUUCAAGAUCUACCGCGGCGUCGCCGGCCUCUACGACUACGGCCCCCCUGGGUGCGCCGUCAAGUCCAAUGUCCUUGCCUUUUGGCGCCAGCACUUUGUUUUGGAGGAGAACAUGUUGGAGGUGGAUUGUCCCUGUGUCACGCCAGAGAUAGUCUUGAAGGCAUCUGGUCAUGUGGAUAAAUUCACUGACCUGAUGGUGAAGGAUGAGAAGACUGGGACGUGCUACCGUGCCGAUCACUUACUCAAGGACUAUUGCAAGGGGAAGCUCGAGAAGGACCUCACAUUGUCGCCUGAUAAGGCUGCAGAGUUCAAGCAUGUCAUCUCGGUGUUGGACGAUCUUUCUUCUGAAGAGCUAGGGGCGAAGCUGAAGGAGUAUGAUAUCAGAUCGCCUGAUACCGGGAACCACAUCUCUGAUCCAUACCCCUUCAAUCUCAUGUUUCAGACUUCGAUUGGCCCAUCUGGCAUGCUUCCUGGGUAUAUGAGGCCAGAAACAGCACAGGGUAUCUUUGUGAAUUUUAAGGACCUCUACUAUUACAAUGGAAACAUGCUUCCAUUUGCAGCAGCUCAGAUUGGGCAGGCAUUUAGAAACGAGAUUUCACCUCGUCAAGGUCUUUUAAGAGUCCGUGAGUUCACACUAGCUGAGAUUGAGCACUUUGUGGAUCCUGAGGACAAAUCCCACCCAAAGUUUGUUGAUGUUGCCAACCUGGAGUUUUUGAUGUUCCCUAGGGAGGAGCAACUAUCUGGGAAAUCAGCCAAGUCAAUGAUCCUUGGUGAAGCUGUUUCAGAGGGAACAAUCAAUAAUGAGACACUUGGUUACUUCAUAGGACGGGUGUAUCUUUUCUUGACUAGUCUGGGAAUUGACAAAGAUAGAUUGCGCUUCAGGCAGCAUCUGCCAAAUGAGAUGGCUCACUAUGCUGCAGACUGUUGGGAUGCGGAAAUAGAAUGCUCCUAUGGCUGGAUUGAAUGUGUUGGGAUUGCUGAUAGAUCUGCUUAUGAUUUACGAGCUCAUUCGGAGAAAAGUGGUGUCCCUCUGGUUGCUCAUGAGAAGUUCUCAGAACCUAGAGAGGUGGAGAAGCUGGUUAUUACCCCAUCAAAAAGAGAACUAGGUCUUGCAUUUAAGGGUAACCAAAGAAUUGUGGUUGAAGCAUUGGAGGCCAUGAGUGAAAAAGAAGCACUGGGAAUGAAAGAAGCGUUGGAUGAUAAAGGAGAGGUGGACUUCCAAGUCUGUACACUUGGAAAAUCUGUACGUAUAAAAAAAAGCAUGGUAUCCAUCAGUAUGGAAAGAAAGAAGGAACAUCAAAGGGUUUUUACCCCCUCUGUUAUCGAGCCAUCUUUUGGAAUUGGACGAAUAAUCUACUGUCUCUUUGAGCAUUCUUUCUAUAUAAGACAAAGAAAAUCAGAGGAUGAACAGUUGAAUGUGUUCCGCUUCCCUCCUCUGGUGGCUCCUAUUAAGUGCACCGUUUUCCCAUUAAUCAAGUCUCAGCAGUUUGAUGAAGGGGCCAAACUCAUAUCUAAAUCACUAACGGCGGCUCGGGUGUCACAUAAAUUAGAUGUUACAGGCACGUCAAUAGGGAAACGUUAUGCCAGGACGGAUGAGCUUGGUGUCCCCUUCGCCAUAACUGUCGAUUCGACUACUAGUGUGACCAUUCGUGAGAGAGACAGCAAGGAACAGAUCCGUGUAAGCAUUGAGGAGGUGGCCUCAGUUAUGAAAGAAGUCACGGAUGGGCAACGCACAUGGUUUGAUAUGCUGUGGAAAUACCCAACCCACGUUACUACACAUGCUGAUGAGUUGUGAAGAGGCUUCUGAUGGAUGAAGUGAUGAAAGCAAUCUCUUAUCUUGCUGAAUUUUGAAACUACUGGAACUUUAUACUCUUAAGUUCGUUGUUGUAUCCUUCGCGUGAAAGAAGGAUUCACAUUUCUUUGGAUUGCAUAUUUUAGACAAUCAACUAACUCUAUUAUGCAUAACUGCAGUUUUAGGCAAUCAAUUUCAAGCACAAUGCCGGAAUUUUAUGCUCACAAAUCAAUCUAA